AUGGAGGACGCCGCGCCCGAUGGGGCCCCGCAGGCGUCCCCGGCCCCCGCGGAGGCCGACUGGCCGCCCGAGCUCCGCCUCCCGCCGCCGCCGCCCCCCGCGGACCCGCCGCCGCUGCUGCCACCUCCGGGGACGGACGAUCCGCACUUCCUGAGCUCGAUCAUCGGGGACGCGGCGGCCCCACCCCCGCCCCCGCCGCCUCCGCUGCCGCUCGGGCAGAAGCGGAAGCGGGGGAGGCCGCCCAAGAGGAAGGACGGCGCUGGCGCGGCAUCGGGCGCGGGGGCAGUGGUACCGGCGCAGCCGCCCGCCCGGGCCGCCAGGAGGAGGGAGGACGAGGAGGAGGUCGUCUGCUUCAUCUGCUUCGACGGGGGCAACCUCGUCGUCUGCGAUCGGAGGGGUUGCCCCAAGGUCUACCAUCCGGCGUGCAUCAAGCGUGACGAGGCAUUCUUCCAGUCCCGGAGCAAGUGGAACUGCGGCUGGCACAUAUGCAGCAGCUGUGAAAAGGCAGUGCACUACAUGUGCUACACUUGUACAUACUCCCUCUGCAAAGUGUGCAUCAAGCAGGGUAAAUUCUUCAGUGUCAGGGGAACAAAGGGCUUCUGCGAUACAUGUUAUGGGACUAUACUUUUGAUAGAAUCCAAAGAUGAAAGUGCAACAAAGGUUGAUUUUGAUGACAUACUCAGCUGGGAGUACCUGUUCAAGCUAUAUUGGUUAGAUCUGAAAGGGAAGCUUUCAUUAACAUUGGAAGAACUUACUACUGCCAAGAACAGAUGGAAUGUCCCUAGCACUUCUGCUAGGAAAGAAAAAGAGGAGUCGUCUGAUGACCUGUAUGACGCUAAUGAUGAUGAUGAUGCUGGUUCUGACUGCUGCUCAAGAAAACGAAGGCAAACUAAUUCAAGGAAAAAGGGUCAAAAACGCCGAAAGAUAAAUAAAGAUUGUAGCACUGCUGCAAAAAAGGUUGAGCUUCCAACUAGAAAUACUGAGAGCGUUCCCACGGAAGUGCCAAAUGAACGGGUGCCAUUGCCAGUACACACAAAAGUACCAAAUGGACGGAUACCCUUGCCAGUAGACACAAAAGUACCAAAUGAACCAGUGCCCUUGCCACCAAACAUGAAAUGGGCAUCACCAGAGCUAUUGGAGUUUAUAGGACACAUGAGAGAUGGCGAUCAAUCUUUCAUUUCUCCGUUUGAUGUUCAGACUCUUCUGCUUGAUUAUAUCAAGAAGAAUAACCUUCGCGAUCCUCAGAGGAAAAGCCAAAUUAUUUGUGACUCGAGACUUCACCGCUUGUUCAGGAAAGCACGAGUUGCUCACUUUGAGAUGUUAAAGCUUUUGGAAAUGCAUUUUCCUAUGAAUGAGACUUCAACAGUAUCUGAUAGUAGCCAAGUGACUAUCAAUCUCAAUUCAGCACAUGUAGAUACCAAUGGAUACAAUGACAUGGCUGCAAAAUUUUCUCCUGAUAAGAGGAGAAGGAUCCAUAGAAAGAUGGAAAGAGAUACACAAGUUAAUCUUGAGGAUUAUGCAGCAAUUGACAUGCAUAAUAUAAAUUUGAUUUACAUGAGGCGCAGCCUGAUGGAGGAUUUUAUUGAUGAUGCCAAAUUCUCAGACAAAAUUCAUGGUGGUUUUGUGAGGAUAAAAAUUUCUGAUGUGUGCCAGAGACAAGACAUAUAUCGUCUCGUAAAAGUUAUUGGAACACACAAGGUUCCAGAAAAGUAUAGCAUUGGAAAGAAGAUGACAAAUUUUGCACUCGAGAUAUUGAAUUUAAACAAAAAGGAGAUUAUUACAAUGGAUACAAUAUCUAAUCAUGAUUUUACAGAGGAGGAGUGCAAACGUUUAAGGCAGAGCAUGAAGUGUGGUGUAAUUAGCAGACUAAAAGUGGGGGAUAUCCUAGAGAAAGCCAUGAUAUUGCAAUCUGUAAGAGUGAAUGAUUGGUUUGAAAAUGAAAAGCAGAGGCUUGGGCAUCUUCGUGAUCGUGCAAGCGAAACUGGGCGCAGAAAAGAAUAUCCUAUUGACCAUAUUAUGAUAGAAUAUGUAGAAAAGCUGCAGCUUCUCGACAAUUCUGAGGAAAGAACUCGUAGGAUUAAUGAAGUUCUGGAAGUGCAUGUUGAUCCACAUAUGGAUCCUAAUUAUGAGUCUGCUGAAGAAACAGAUGAGAAAAGAACUGUUGCAAAGUCGGUAAAUCGGACAAGACCAGAUACAACCAUAUCGCGAAGAAUAUCAAGAUAUCUUAGCACUAAGCAAAACCAUCCUCAAAAAGUUUCUGAUUCUAGCCACCAUCCAAAAAGCUUGUCCACAGAAAGUACAAUUUGUGAAUCAGGGGCAAGAAGUUUGGAGAACAGCACAGCAAAGAGAACUAUGUAUGAAGCUGGAUCACUUUCAUCUUCCGGAGUAACAAUGUCAAAUGACACAGAGCCGGAGAAAGUCUGGCACUACAAGGAUCCUUCUGGGAAUGUUCAGGGUCCAUUUACUCUUUUGCAACUAUCAAAGUGGACAAGUUACUUCCCACGUGAUCUGAGAGUAUGGCUUACAUUUGAGAGUGAAGAGAGAUCAUUGCUGUUGACUGAAGUGCUUUCAAAACAGCAGAAAGAUUUCACUCAGGCUGCAUCACAUACAAGUAGCAAGGCAACACUGGUUGGCACUGGAGAUACAAGGAACAGCCCUAGUGUGGAUCAGACCAAUGCUUUCACCCCUUUUGGUCAUAGCAUGGUUAGUUCUUCUGGAAUAACUGUUCAGUAUAGUAAGUAUUCUGUUCCAGAAAGGGAAAGUGUGUACUCUCCAGAUGUUAGCUUGUCGCUAUCAACUAGUUCGGUUCCACUGAAGGAUGCUUAUACUGUGAAUAGCCAAGCACACUGCCAGAAUAAGCAUUCUGUUUUCAUUCAAUCUCCUGGGAGUUCAUAUGGGCACACAGACUUGAACCAUGAUGGAAUACAGGGAUGCUCUGGUGAAUCAAACCACCAUCACAGCAGUGGAACCCUAUGGAGUCCUACCGUGGCACAUAUGAGUUGUAGUGGACGUGGUAAUGUGGAAUCUCAUCAGAAUCAGUACGUUUCCUGGUCACAAAGUCAACAUGAAUCUAAAAAUAGUUCACAAAGAGGACCUGUUAAAGAUCUGAUGAAUUCAAGGCGGGAUCUAUCGAAAAAUCUACCUACUCAACGUAUCGGGAAAGAUGUAUCCAGUCCUUUGUUUGCUUGGAGUCCGGCCGAGUCGAGGACAGCUUCAAGUCAACAUGAAGGCUCUUGCUUAAGUUCAACACCUAAUCCAAGCUUUCUCGAUGAACUUCAUUCUUCUAUUGCUUCUGCAAAGCCUAAGAGCUGUGCUCCAGCAACCGCUAUUGAAGACAGAGGUUCUAGUUCACCAUCUGGCAUGCUGAGUCAUGCAGAAAGAGUUCCAAUCUGCAGUCCACAAUCAGCCCCUUCGGCAUCUGCUUCCGAUAUGUGUAAGAUGGAUAUCACGAAUCAGCAAAGAACACUUGAGGCGGAUACAUCGAAUGCUUCAGUUAACCAGUCUCCGGAAUCAAAGAUUUUCCCUGUAUCCUCUCCUGAUAACCGAGAUAUUGACCAUGAGUUUCCUAAUCCAGUUCCAAGAUCUGAGAAUAAGGACAUUGCGGUUGACAGCUCAGGAUUAACACCAGCAUCACCUGAAAAUAUUACUACGAAUUUGCCUGGUUCAGAUACAUCCAAGAUGGAGGAGGUCGUGAGUCAGCAACAAGUAAUUGGGGCUGUUGUAUUGAAUUCUUCAGAUAGUCAUUCUCCUCACUCUAAGGUUUCCCCUGUAUCUUCUCCUAAUAACGAAGAUAAGAAACAUGAAUACCCCAGUUCUACCCCAAGGUCUGAGAAUAAGAUUCCUGCUGUGGACAGUUUACUUUCAACAUCAGCUGCUCCUGAAAAUCUAACGACAACUUCUGCCCAUGAUUCUGAUACAUGCAAAAUGGAGGAGUUAGUGAAUCAGCCAAAAACACUUGAAGCAGAUGCAUCAAAUGCUCCACUUUGUCAACCUCCUCAUUCUCACAUUUUCCCGGUACCUUCUGACAAUCAAGAUAUAGAGCGUGAAUGUCCAAGUCCAACUCCAAUUUCUGACAGUAAGGAUCCUCUUGUGAACAACUCAGCGACAACUUCUGCAUCAGCCUCUGAUACAAGCAAAAUGGAGGAGUUUGUGAAUCAGCAAAAAACACUUGAAGCAGAUGCAUCAAAUGCUCCACUUAAUCAGUCUCCUCAUUCUCACAUUUUCCCAGUACCUUCUGACAAUCAAGAUAUUGAGCGUGAAUGUCCAGGUCCAACUCCAAGAUCUGACACUAAGGAACUUCUUGUGAACAACUCAGUGUUAACAUCAUCAGCACCUGAAAUUCUAACGACAACCUCUGCAGCCUCUGAUACAUGCAAAAUGGAGGAGUCAGUGAAUCAGCAAAAAACGCUUGAAGCAGAUGCUUCAAAUGCUCCACUUAAUCAUCAUCCUCAUUCUCACAGUGUUCCUGUAUCUUCUGAUAAUCAAGACAUUCAGCGUGAAUGUCCUAGCCCAACUCCAAAAUCUGACAGUAAGGAACCUCUUGUGGACAACUCAGUAUUAACAUCAGCGGCGCCUGAAAUGCUAGCGACAACUUCUGCCUCUGAUACAUGCAAAAUGGAGGAGUUUGUGAAUCAGCAAAAAGCACUUGAAGCGGAUGCAACAAAUGCUUCACUUAACCAGCCUCCUCACAUUUUCACUAUAUCUUCCGAUAAUCAAGAUAUUGAGCGUGAAUGUCCUAGCCCAACUCCAAGGUCUGACUGUAAGGAACCUCUUAUGGACAACUCAGUAUUUACAUCAGUGGCGCCUGGAAUUCUAGCAACAUCUUCUGCUUCUGCUUCUGCUUCUGGUACAUGCAAAAUGGAGGAGUUUGUGAAUCAGCAAAGACCAAUUGAAGCGGAUGCAUCAAAUGCUUCACUUAAUCAACCUCCUCACUCUAGCGUUUUCGCUUCAUCUUCUGGUGAUAACCAAGAUAAUGCGUGUGAACGUCCUAGUCCAAGUCCAAGAUCUGAGGGUGAGCAGCCUCUCAUGGAUAACUCAGGGUUAACAUCAACAGUGCCUCAAAAUCUAACUUCUACUUCUGCAUCUGCUUCUGAGAUAUGCAAAGAGAUCUUGAAUGAGAAAAGAAUACUUGAAGCAAACCCAUCAAAUGGUUUGAUUACUCAAUCUCCUCAAUCCAUGGUUUUCCUUGUACCAUCUCCUGAUAUCCUAGAGCGUGGAUUUUCUAGUGAAACGCCUAGGCCUGAGUUUAAGGAACCUGUUGUGGACAGCUCUGGGUUAACAUCAGCAGCACCUGAAAAUUUAAUGACUAAGCAACAUGUCCACUCAUCAGAUGCCUUUGUACCACCAAAGUCUGGUGCUCCAACUGGGGAAUUAGGCGACGCGAAAUUAGAUUUUAAAGGUGAAGAAAUUAUUCAAAAAGAACAAUAUUGUGAGAGUGAAUCUAUUGUUGCUACAAGAAAGAAUUUGUUAAUUGAUCCUUCCUUUGGUGCUGAGUCGAUAGAUGUGUCAGAUGUAUUGGAAUCCUUAAUGGAAGAAAGGGGUGGAACUUCGUACAUGCCAGGAUCAGUAGAGGACUUCCUAGCCGCUUCAGCCGAGGAAGAACCACACUACUCAAGCCCUAUCGCAUUAUCUCCUUGGGGUGAACCUAGUUACUACCAAGGUGAUGCUGUUAAUUCUGCACUAUGGGGUAUUCAAGAUUCGAUCAAUGAUAUGUGGCCAUUGCUUUCACCAAGACCUAUGCUCCAACCUUCAUCUGGUAUUGGAACUGAGGGGAAGGAAACUUAUGAUAUCAACGAGGUGGCUGUGACCCAUGUUAAUAGUGAUUUUUUUCAAAGAGGAUCAAUGAUUGGGGAGGAAAAUGUGAACCAGGCUAACUUGAGUGCUGUUGCAGAUUGGAUGCUGUCUGAUCAGGUCCCAUCAAUACCAAAUGGUAUGUCAACAUCAUCAGUAGAUGAGAGCACCAGAGUUUUAGGUUCUCAAGCAUCAACCAAUCAGAGCUUAGACUGGGGUACUACAUGGACUACUAGUCAGAAUCUCAGCAUGUAUAGCAAUGAAAAAGCAGAGCCCUCGAGUAAAAGCUAUUUGGAAGAAUCAAGGAAGCAGGAAACCACCAAUUCCAGUGUUUCUAUUUCUGGAGAGGCCAUUGGAAACAACAAGGGCUUGAACCCUCCUGAUAAUGCUAAUCGGGGCAGCCAACUGAGUCAUCAUCACCGUGGCAGGUACUCCCAAAUCAGUGAAUCUUGGCUACUUAGUUCAAAUCACUCUAGGAGUAGGUCUGAUAGAUUUGGCAGCGGUGGGUCAUCAAGAUCAACUUCAAAGGGACAAACUAGGGGCUAA